GCGGCGGCCGGACGGGGGACGGCGCGGCGGCGGAAGCGGCGACGCGCCGUGUGGAGGACAGCUAAACAGGGCAGGCGGCCGCUGUACAGAAAACCUCAGGGGUUAGUGCUCGGGCGGUGCUCAAUGAUACCUGGAUGUGACGCUGUGCAGUGUGUGUGGGGAGGGGUAUUAACGUCACUGAGACAUACCACUUGCGAAAUCCGUUUUGUUGCGUGGGGGGGGGGGGGAGAACGUAUGUACUUGUGAGGAUGCCAGCUAACGCUCGUGACUGGCUGUUGGCGGUGAGAAGCGGGCCGACGAGCCAGGCGGCGGUGAGAAGCGGACCGACGAGCCAGGCGGCGGUGAGAAGCGGAUCGACGAGCCAGGCACUGCCUACUUGUUGGGCGUGCCGUCAUGUUAUUUCAUCGCCUUUAUCCCUUCCUGACCCGAUGCAAAUGAUGUCAUUCACUGUGGUUUUGCCUGUUUUUGUGUGCCAUAAGUUUGGCGGUACGGAUCAUGCAUAUGCAUGAACAGUGCAUGUCAUUCAUGAGCAGCUCACGUACGCAUGUGGUCAUCAGUGACAGAUGGCUCGAUAGAUGUGCAGUCAUUAUCAUGACCGCCCACUAUUACGUGGCCACUUAACUCGGUGCCUGGAAAUUGACCUGUACUGUUCGGUGAUUCUCGGCUCUUACCUAGUCUGUGCCGCGCCCCUCAGACGUGGCCCUGACCGAGGGCAUGCUGCGCCCCUCAGACGCGGCCCUGGCCGAGGGCAUGCUGCGCCCCUCAGACGCGGCCCUGACCGAGUGCGUGCUGCGCCCCUCAGACGUGGCCCUGGCCGAGUGCAUGCUGCGCCCCUCAGACGUGGCCCUGGCCGAGGGCAUGCUGCGCCCCUCAGACGUGGCCCUGACCGAGGGCAUGCUGCGCCCCUCAGACGCGGCCCUGGCCGAGUGCGUGCUGCGCCCCUCAGACGUGGCCCUGGCCGAGUGCAUGCUGCGCCCCUCAGACGUGGCCCUGGCCGAGGGCAUGCUGCGCCCCUCAGACGCGGCCCUGACCGAGGGCAUGCUGCGCCCCUCAGACGUGGCCCUGGCCGAGUGCAUGCUGCGCCCCUCAGACGUGGCCCUGGCCGAGGGCAUGCUGCGCCCCUCAGACGUGGCCCUGGCCGAGUGCAUGCUGCGCCCCUCAGACGCGGCCCUGACCGAGGGCAUGCUGCGCCCCUCAGACGCGGCCCUGACCGAGUGCAUGCUGCGUCCCUCAGACGCGGCCCUGACCGAGUGCAUGCUGCGUCCCUCAGACGCGGGGACGGUGAGAUCGAGCCCGGCAACACGGUGGAGGUGCUCUUCCUCAACAACGACGAGGGCCAUGAGAGCUACGACGCCCUGGACGCCAUGGUGAUGAAGGUGGACACGGACGUGCGGCCCACCCGCUACUACGUCCACUUCAAGGACAUGGCGCGCCGGCACGACCGCUGGGUGACUCGGCCAGAGAUCUCGCGCGUGUACCGCUCCCAGUUGCUGCCCAUCCAGAUGGUGGAGCCGACAUCGCCGCCGGCCAGCGGGCCGUCGCGCCGAAAGAGGGCUCCCACUGGCUCGUCCCCUGAGCCGGCCAGUCGGGAACGGCUGCCGUCCUGCGAAUGUGACAGCCAAACGGACCCGGCCGAUCGGCCGCCGCGGGAGGCGAGCGGCCGCGCCGGUGGCUCCCCCUGCCGGGCGGCUGCGGCCGCCGCCCUGCCCUCGCCGCGUAGUGGCCGCAGCACCCCUGCGCGACGACUGUCGUUCGUGCCCGAGCUGUCGCCGCCGCCACCAGCGGAGGAGACCGGGGACCGGCCGGUGGCGACAGGGGCGCAGUGAGUUGCGAGCUUUCAGGAACGUGUUGGUGCCCGUAACCAAACCCUUGUGUGUUGCCUGCCGACGGCUGGCCUGAGUUGAUCGCUCGUCUCUUCGGGUGGGUGCCGGUGUGAUCUCCCCGAGGCUUGUCCAGAGCAGCGUCUCAAUGGUGCGGCGAAGCGACACAGAGCUUUGCCUGACUGUGGGUAACUGAGCAGCCGGUCUUUGGGCUACGACAUUGAACAUACCUCAUAAGGUCACUGACCCGCGGCAGGUCGGUCAGGCCACGGUUGUCAGCGAAGGCAGUUUUUGGAAAGUCUGUUAAGCUGAUGCAACACUGGGGUGUUAAAUGAUGUCAUGCAGCUUUUAGAUGGUUUCUCAGACAGUUGGACAAUGAGAAUCAGGAUUAAGUUAUAUUAUUGAUGCUGGGUUAGAUAUAAAAGUUGAGUGUUAAGACCAAACGGUUUUACACUGGGAAACCUGCUUUCUGGGGUUGUUUUGACGCUCCAUUUGCAUUGUUUUCGCGAGAAGGGUAUGAGCGACUGCAUUUACGAGCUUGUAGCAGCCCGGAAUGCGGCGUCGCCGGCUCUCUGAAGCCGGGACAGGACUGAGCCCAGACCGUCGUCGGCUCUCUGAAGCCGGGGCGGGACUGAGCCCAGACCGUCGCCGGCUCUGUGAAGCCGGGGCGGGACUAA